UCACAAUUUAAAUGUAACGUUUUUACAGUUUAUACAUUUCUGGCGUUCAGGAAUGCUACCUAAUUUAGCUACAAGCAGAUGGAAGGAUGGAUUCGUUUUAUCUGCUCAUGAAUGUUUUCAAUUGACAGCUCGGGUGGAAGACAAAGUUAGUUACGAACUUAAGUUAAGUUGCGUCUGGAGGACUUUUCAACUUAGGUUUUGUAUUCCUGUGAUAUCAUCAGGAGAUUCAACAAAGCUACACGCUAGGUGUUUCAAACUUGAAAAGAUUGCAUCAUGGCUGCUUUAUCGCUAUCCUAUUUGACUGAACUCCAUUUAAGACCACAGCGCAUAAGGGCACUUUUCCAAAAGAGUGUCUGUGUUUGUCCAAAAGAAGAGUACAGACGCUACAGUUCUGGAAAGCAUAGAAGAAGGGUUGUUAUUACUGGCAUAGGAUUGGUGUGUCCUUUGGGCACAGGGACUGCACUGUCCUGGGACCGCCUGAUUAAAGGCCGGAGUGGGAUUAUUGCCCUUGACUCAGAGGAGUACAAGACAGUUCCCUGUAAAGUGGCAGCACUGGUACCCAGAGGGAAUGAGGAGGGCCAGUUUAAUGAGGAUUGCUUUGCCUCUCAAGGAGAGAUCAAUAGCAUGUCACCUGCUUCUGUAUUGGCCCUCGGAGCUGCUCAGCUUGCUCUGGAGGACUCAGGGUGGUAUCCUGAAUCCCCACAGGAACAGCUCGAUACUGGGGUGGCUGUUGGCAUGGGCAUGGUGUCACUGGAUGAAAUUGCUCGUACCUCUGCUGCCUUCCAAGCAAAGGGUUACAAGAAGGUCAGUCCCUUCUUUGUGCCUCGCAUACUUGUCAACAUGGCUGCUGGGCACAUAAGUAUCAAACACAAAUUGAAGGGUCCCAAUCAUGCAGUGUCCACAGCCUGCACGACAGGGGCACACGCCAUAGGUGAUGCCGCCAGGUUUAUUGCACAUGGGGAUGCAGUUGCUAUGGUUACAGGGGGAACAGAAUCCUGUGUGGGCCCUCUGUCAAUAGCUGGCUUUGCCAGGGCACGUGCCCUUGCUACCAAAUGGAAUGAUAACCCCACACAGGCGUCAAGACCCUUUCACCCAGAGAGAGAGGGCUUUGUUAUGGGAGAAGGAGCUGCGGUGCUACUUUUAGAGGAGCUCAACCAUGCAGUGAGAAGAGGAGCCAGGAUCUAUGCAGAGGUCCUGGGCUAUGGGCUCUCAGGGGAUGCCAGCCACAUCACUGCACCCACUGCAGAUGGAGAUGGAGCUUUCAGAUGCAUGUCUGCAGCUCUGAGGGACGCUGGCAUCUCAACAGCAGAUGUUACAUAUGUGAACGCUCAUGCCACAUCCACGCCUUUGGGUGAUGCAGCUGAAAAUUCUGCUAUUAAGAGGCUCUUCCAGCAGAACCUUGAGAACCUGGCUGUCUCCUCCACCAAGGGAGCCACGGGACAUUUGCUGGGGGCUGCAGGGGCCCUUGAGGUGGCGUUCACAGCUUUGGCUUGUUACUACGGGGUCCUGCCCCCAACACUCAACCUGGACCGCACUGAGCCAGAGUUCAACCUGAAUUAUGUUCCAUGCAGAGCACAGCCAUGGCGGACUCACGGCCGACGGGUCACCCUUACUAACUCAUUUGGAUUUGGUGGCACCAACGCCACACUGUGUCUUGCCAGCAUCUGAUUAGUGUUCAGUUUUCUUUUAUCCAUUUUAUCCAAUCUCCAACAGAGAUUCACCAACUGAAUAUUUCCCAGUUGGACAGUAUCAUUUUUUUCCCAUUAACUGAGGUAUAUGUAUUUUGCUCUCAGAAAAAAAUCUGACAUUUCAAUGACAGGUUACAAAAAUAACAUUCUGUGGAAAGCAAUAAAAACUUUCCAGAUGAG